ACAAUCUAGGGCGACCCAGGUGACGUUACUCUCACCCACCCUUCCCCUCUAAAACUAUAUUUCACCACCUCAUCCCAUUUCCCACGCACAGCCGCUCCCCAAACCCUAACACCCACCCCAAAACCAGAGGGGAGAGAGAGAGAGAUUCUGCAAUGGGUCGUGUGAUCAGAGCACAGCGUAAGGGAGCAGGCUCUGUCUUCAAGUCCCACACCCACCACCGGAAAGGCCCAGCUCGUUUCCGUUCACUCGACUUCGGCGAGCGCAACGGUUACCUGAAGGGCGUCAUCACCGAGAUUAUUCACGACCCAGGUCGAGGCGCUCCGUUAGCCCGGGUCACUUUCCGCCAUCCUUUCCGCUUCAAGCACCAGAAAGAGCUCUUUGUUGCCGCCGAGGGCAUGUACACCGGCCAGUUCGUGUACUGUGGCAAAAAGGCCAAUCUCGUGGUCGGAAAUGUCUUGCCUCUUAGAUCUAUUCCUGAAGGUGCUGUGGUGUGUAACGUUGAACACCAUGUGGGUGAUCGUGGUGUGUUUGCUAGAGCUUCUGGGGACUAUGCGAUCGUGAUUAGUCACAAUCCAGAUAAUGGGACUAGCAGGAUCAAACUCCCAUCUGGAUCCAAGAAAAUUGUGCCUAGCGGUUGUCGUGCCAUGGUUGGCCAGGUUGCUGGAGGAGGACGUACUGAGAAGCCACUCCUUAAGGCUGGCAAUGCAUAUCACAAAUACCGUGUCAAGAGGAACUGUUGGCCCAAGGUUCGUGGUGUUGCUAUGAAUCCGGUGGAGCAUCCCCAUGGUGGUGGUAACCACCAACAUAUUGGUCAUGCUAGCACAGUUCGUCGUGAUGCACCACCUGGGCAAAAGGUUGGUCUUAUUGCUGCUAGGAGGACUGGUCGGCUCCGUGGACAAGCCGCUGCUACUGCUGCCAAAGCUGAUAAGGGUGCUUAGUGAAACUUUUAAGGAUGGAUUAAUUUUUGUUAUUGUUUUUUCUAUUUAUUUGGUUUGGAUUUUGCAUGUUCACUUGCUACUUUGCUGUAGUAAAGAAAUACUCAGUUUUGAUGGGAACUUCUUUAGUAAUUUUCCUUUUGUCCAUUUUGAACAAGUAUGCCUUUGCCAUUUGUUAGUGAUAAUAUCAAUUGAGGGUUGUGGUCAUU